CAGAAUAUUGCGGUUUGGAAUGAUAUGGAGGAUUUCAGAACGUAAUAUUUGUUUAUGAGAUAUGCUACAGGAGAAAGCCUCAGCUGUGGCUGAUGAAAGCAUGACCGUGGCCCAUUCCAGUGGCCACCCUGAGCUUACCAGUGACUCCUCAAAUUUGGCCCUGCCUACAACUCCCAGCGUUCCCCAGAACAAUGAGCCUGACCAGAACAUUGAAAACAUCAAAGUGGUUCUUCAUGACAGAGAACUAUGGAAGAAGUUCCACGAGGCCGGAACGGAGAUGAUCAUAACCAAAGCAGGCAGGCGGAUGUUUCCCGGCUACAAAGUGAAGGUCACAGGGAUGAACCCCAAGACCAAAUACAUCCUUUUAAUCGACAUCGUUCCAGCUGAUGACCAUCGGUACAAGUUUUGUGACAACAAGUGGAUGGUGGCUGGAAAAGCAGAGCCUGCGAUGCCUGGAAGACUCUAUGUCCACCCAGACUCUCCAGCAACAGGAGCCCAUUGGAUGAGACAACUCGUCUCCUUUCAAAAGCUGAAGCUCACAAACAACCACCUUGAUCCCUUUGGGCAUAUCAUCUUGAACUCUAUGCAUAAAUACCAGCCCAGGCUACACAUAGUGAAAGCUGAUGAGAACAAUGCCUUUGGUUCUAAAAACACGGCCUAUUGCACUCAUGUCUUCCACGAGACGUCAUUCAUUUCGGUUACAUCUUAUCAGAACCACAAGAUCACCCAGUUAAAAAUUGAGAACAAUCCUUUCGCCAAAGGCUUCCGUGGCAGUGAUGAAGGUGAUUUGCGUGUGUCCAGACUUCAAGGGAAAGAUUACCCUGUCAUUUCUAAGAACAUGGUUCGACAGCGGCUUAUCUCAUCACAUAGUCAUCUGUCAGGAAAACUGGGUGCAGGUGUGUUGAGUAGCCACCCGCAAGUGGUAUCUCACUAUCAGUAUGACAGUGGAGUUCCUCUGCCAAACCCUGAUUCCCAGGAAUCACACUCCAACUCCUUUUCAUCCAGUCGAGAAUCAAGCCUUCUUUACCACUGCUUUAAGCACAGAGAUAAUACAAGGCACUUGGAGCUGGGAUGCAAACGACCCUAUCUGGAACCAUCAGCCCCUGCAGUUUCCGAAGAGCACUACUUUCGCUCCCCUCCAACCUACGAGCCACCCCUACUGUCCCAUCCAUACUGCAACGAAGCAUUGGGUUCUAGAGAAGCAUGCAUGUAUGGGGGAAUGGAGGGAGAGGCUGGCGGUGCAGUGGGUACGAAUGACCUACCAGCCCCCUCCCUGAACUGCAACAUGUGGGCAUCGGUUCAGCCGUACCCUCGCUACGGCAUGCAGACUGUGGAAGCCAUGCAGUACCAACCUUUCACUGCCCACUUCAGCAGCACAGCCACUGCUGCUUCUGUGGUGCCUCACCACUCUCCGUCCAUGCAGCGACCGCAUCCGCCACCUCCCGACCUGGUCACUUUUACCACACAGCGGGUACUGCCGCCUACUUUAUCAUCGAAUUCUCCCUCUGGCCCCGCCUCCCGUGACAGAGCUGCACAUUCCACCCUGUUUCACCGGAAGCCAGCGUCGCCGUUGUGUUCGCAAAGGGAUUUCACAGGCUAUCCGACCCAGAGCCCCACAUCAACACGAGAACCAGCCUAUCAAUACCAAACUGGAUUGACCAGUGUUGGACCACAUUGGACUGACAGCUAA